AUGUUUGAUGGAGUUACCCCAGAUGAUGAGUGGAAGCGAAACUUUAGAAUGUCGAAAGAGCGAUUUUUUCAAUUGUGCGAGGAGUUGCGACCUUACAUUUCUGAAGGAAUAAACACUCCAAAUUAUAGGUCACUCUCUCGUGAAAAAAAACUCGCUAUCACUUUAUAUUACCUAAAAGACACUGGUUCUAUUUGGAUGACGGCGAAUGCCUUUGGUGUUCAUCAAUGUACAGUUUCUAAAAUCGUUUUAGCUGUUUGCAAUGCAAUUUGUAUACAUCUUUGUCCAAUAUAUCUGCACCUUCCACAAACGGUAGUGCAAAUGAGGAAAAAAGUGGCUGAGUUUGAAACAAGGUUUGGCAUUACUCAGGCAUUUGGCUGCAUUGAUGGUACUCACAUUCCCAUUCAAAGACCACUGGUUGAUUCUCAAGAUUACUUCAAUUAUAAACAGUUUUUCUCCAUUAAUGUUCAAGCUGUUUGUGAUUCAAAUGGCUUAUUCAUGGAUGUUGACUGCAGGUGGCCUGGCAGCGUCCAUGAUGCAAAAGUAUUUUCAAACUCAUUCAUAAAUAAUGAACUAAAAUUGGGAAGAUUACCACAAACCUUCACUCAUGUUUUACCUGGUCAUGACAAGAUACCUAACUACCUCAUAGGUGACCCAGCAUAUCCUUUAACACCCAACUGCAUUAAAGAAUACCAAUCAUGCUUAAGCAAUGAUUAG